AUGCCGCGCAAGUCCAGAGCCAAGGGUGGCAACAAGCAAACCCUCAUUGAAAAACAGCGAAAGCAAGCCGCUGCGGCGGCCAACCAGUUUCUUACCAAUGCCCGGCUGACCACAAGCCCUGGUCCGCCAGCUAGCUCCAACGCGGGGCCGCACGCCGUGGCUACAGUAACGGGAGGCUUGACAAGCCUGGAGCAUAAGCUCAACUUGCAAACCGCCACCACCUUGUGCAUCACUAAACUUCCUGCUUAUUCUACCGUUCAACAGCUGGCUGCAUUGUGCCAACGAUUCAAGAGUUUGAUGCGAGUUUCAAUCCUGCGCCAGGAAGGCCCGACCAUUGCAUACCUGAAUUUCACACGGCGCGAGGACACUUUGAUGGCAAAGAAUGAAAUCGAUGAACAAGGAUUCGACUGCGAGCUGGUACCAGACUUUGCGGUGGGUCCAGCGCCGUGA